GUUUCAUGUACAUUCUCAGAAGAACAAUGUAUAUAAUAGAAAUCACAUUCAUCAUCAGUCAGUCCUUCACCUUGAAUACGUAAAGAUCGGCCCUAACUAUGAGAAGCAUCAGUGUAUUCGGUACUUUCCUCGUCAUUUGCAUUGUAGCAUGUGCCGGAGAUAUCUCUACUGCAGAAGAUGUGGCCGUGGAAAAUCUUCAAAAAUUAGCCCUGGCAAAUAACGAGCUCGCUUUCAACCUGCAUCGGAAAUUGUCCUCUGGGUCUUCCAAAAAUGUGUUUUUCUCACCCUUGAGCAUUUCCACAGCUUUCGGCAUGCUUUUUUAUGGAACAAGAGGAAAAACAGCUGAGGAACUGAGAAAGGUUUUGGGUUACGAGAAAGCAAAAUUGCUCAACGAUGUCGUCCAUGAGACUUUCCAUCGUUAUUUUAGCGAUGUCUUGAAGAGUGGAGAUUCCUCAGACGAAUAUGUUUUGAACUCAGCCAAUGCCAUUCUUGCUGAUAAAAAUCUCGAACUAAUUGAGGAGUACAAACACAAAGUGGAAGAGUUGUAUAGAGCAGGUGUACGCAGUGUAGAUUUCUCAAGAGACGCUCCCAAAAUAGUUACCGAAAUCAAUGAAUGGGUCAAGGAAAAGACAAAUGGAAAAAUCGAAAAACUUUUUAAUGAACUGAGUGCAGACACUCUUCUAGUCUUACUGAAUGCAGUGUAUUUCAAGGGUGCAUGGGAGACUCAGUUUGAUCCUAAAAAAACAAAGAAUGGCGUCUUUUACAAUAAUGGGUUGGAAUCGAGAGCAAAGAAUGUGUCGAUGAUGCACAUGAAAGCUAAAUUCCCAGUGGCCUAUAUGGAGGAUUUCAGAGCAUUAGAGCUGCCUUACAAAGGAAACGUCAGCAUGCUGGUAUUACUGCCAAAAAACCGAGACGGACUUCAAGCCCUUGAAGAGAGUCUGACCCCCGAAAAAUUAGCAAAAGUCCAGGAACAGAUGCGCUCCAUUACUAUGUCAGUUUCAUUGCCUAAGUUCAAGCUGGAAUUCGAGGAAGAGCUCUCUGAGCACUUGCAAGCCCUCGGCGCCAAACAAAUCUUCAAUGCUGGAGCAGACUUUUCUGGAAUGACUCCUAGUCGGGGUGUAUCUGUGAGCCAGGUCCUCCACAAGGCCGUCAUCGAAGUGAAUGAAGAGGGAAGCGAGGCUGCUGCUGUGACGAGUGUAAUUAUAAUGAGAUUUGGCGGUUUAUCUUUCACUGCUGAUCAUCCUUUCCUGUUUGCCAUAGUGGAGAAAGGUAGCAAGAGUAACAUGGUUUUGUUCAUGGGCCGCGUAAAUAAUUUGGCCGAUUUCACGGGCAUGACUUCUGGUGGAAGUGUGCCAGUCAGUGAAGUUAUUCACAAGACAGUCAUUGAAAUGCAUGAAGAAGGAACUGAAGCCGCCGCCAACGGCACAACUAUGAGAAGCAUCAAUGUAUUCGGCACUUUUCUGGCCAUCUGCAUUGCAGCAUGUGCCGGAGAGAUAUCUACUGCAGAAGAUGUAACCAUGGAAAAUCUUCGCAAACUAGCCCUGGCAAACAACGAGUAUUUUCUUUCCAGGGCUAUUUGUGAAAUCGCCAUGUUAAGCCUUGUUUUCAGCAUAGGAUGGGUCUUAUUUGCAUCUACAGCUGCUUUAGACAGGGGUUACGAAGAUAGCUGUACCCCCGAUGAAAUAAUGGAGGACAAUGUGGAAAGAUUAGCUCUGGCCAUUAACGAUUUGGGCGUUAGUUUGUACCACAAACUAUCAGCCGAGGUACCAGGCAAUCUAGCUUUCUCUCCGUUAAGCCUUUCGAUAGCAUUUGGAAUGUUGUUCUACGCUGCAAGGCAGAAUACAGCUGACGAACUUCGCGAGGCGUUAAGCUACGAAGAUGUGGGUUUGUCCGAUGACCUUGUCCAUGCAUCAUUUCAUUUGCUCUUGAAACUAUUAAUGAAAACUGACGAGUCUUCCGGAUAUGUCUUGCAGUCUGCGAACGCCAUUCUUGUUGACAAGCAUUUACCCUUGGUGCCUGAAUACAAAAAGGACAUGGAAAGUCUGUACAAUGCCUCUGUCGAAGUGGUGGAUUUUGCAACCGAUACCGAUAAGAUAAUAAGAGAUAUGAAUAAGUGGAUUAGCAUGAAAACAGGUGGAAAGAUCCAAUCUCUACUGGAUCGUUUAUGCGAUUGUUCAUCUUCGGUAAUUUUGAAUGCGUUGUAUUUUAAAGGAACAUGGAGGAUUCAGUUCCCAAUAAAUAAGACAACCAUGGAACCCUUUUACAACAAUGGUUUAGAAUCGGAAGCAACACAAGUACCCAUGAUGCACUUGACAGCUCGAUUUCGAUACUUGGAAACUUUAUUCUAUCAAGUUCUAGAGCUUCCCUUCAAGCAACGCAAUGUUUCCAUGUAUAUUUUAUUGCCAAGAAGCCAAAAUGGGCUGAGAGGUUUAGAAAAGAGCCUGACCAGUGCCAUGCUGUCCAAUAUGAGGAUGAAGAUGCUUGACACGAAAGUCACAGUAUCUUUGCCCAGAUUCAAAGUUGAAUAUUCGAAAGAAUUAUCGGAACAAAUGCAAGAAUUGGGGGUCAAGUCUAUUUUCAAUGCUGGAGCUGCUGACUUUUCCGGAAUGACUCCAAGCAAAGACAUGUAUGUGAAUCAAAUCCUCCACAAAGCCCUGAUCGAAGUGAAUGAGGUUGGAAGUAAGGCUGCUUCGUUGACAGGAUUUGCUAGCUACAGAAUGUGGCCCACAUUCGAAGAGACAGCGGAAUUCGUAGUCAAUCAUCCUUUUAUGGUCGCAUUAUUAGAAAACAGAAGAACGUGUUUCUUUAUCGCUCGUGUAAAUACUUUGUAAAACCAAAUUAAGUUUUUAUCCGAUUUGGCAAAUGUUUAUAUUUUAAUUAAAGCUAAUACUGCAACAAAUCUUGUA